CUGGUUUUUCACUCCGAGGAGAGCAUCGUCUUUUGCUGAGCAGCUCACUUCCGGGUUCGCUGCAUCCUAGCGGAGCAUUUCAUCUUUCCUUAAAUCAUAAAAAUAAUCAAGUGCUGCCUCCAGGAUGGCGAUGGUGAAGAGCGGUUGGCUCCAUCGACAGAGCACUAUCCUGCGCCGCUGGAAAAGAAACUGGUUUGACUUGUGGGCCGACGGACGUCUCAUGAUCUACAACGAUCAACAAAGGCCUGACAUGGAGGACGACAUCCACAUGAGGGUCGACUGCAUCAACAUCCGCAACUCAGCCGCGUGUCAAGGUAAAGAGCUGAACCCUCCGGAGGGAAAGACCCGGGACACCCUGCUGCAGAUCGUGUGCAGAGAUGGUCGAGUUAUCAGCCUGUGUGCGGACAGUGCUGAUGAUGCUCUGGCCUGGACCAUGGCACUGCAGGAUGCCAGAAUUAAUGCGGUGGUAGCUACUCCUCAAAUUGGAUUUGCACAGGAAGCAAUAGCCUCUGCUCCUCCCCCUUACUCAGAAUAUGCUCCCCCAGCUCAGGUUUAUUCUCUGGGCCCAUACGGAGAAUAUGUUCCAUCUCCACCUCAGGCCACACAGAUCAUGUACUCUGCUGACGGACAGCCCUACGCUGUGGCUUAUCCUUACCAGUACCAAGAUGGGUACGCCGCCCCCGGGGUGAACCACGUGGUGGUCCGGGAGCGUCAGCGCGAGGACGGAGGAGCGUUGGGAAUGCUUGCCGGAGCAGUGACGGGUUUGGCGCUCGGCUCUCUCUUCUCCGUCUUCUGAAGUUUCUUUACCGCUCUCCGUGUUUCUGCUUCUUCUUCUUCUCUGUGCCGUCACAUGAGCCGGAGUGAAAUGUGUCUGUGGGGCUACAUCCAUCUAUGAAGCAUGAUUGUGAUUGGCGGUGAAUUACUCCCUCUGUGUCCUAUAUAUACAAAUAUUUAAAGUCAAUACUGUUAGCACUUUCUCAUAAGCCCCGCCCCCUUUGUGUUGUCUGAAUAUGAAUGUUAUUAACCAAAAAACAACAAUUACUCGCUUUUAAAGGACAGGAAACACACAACUUUCAGAUCCUCACACAUUUCUCCUUCAUAUAUGCAGAUUUAUCUUUUUUUACCGUUAUGUUUUAUGUUGCUCCGUGUACUGUACCUUCACUUUGUUUGUUGUGUGUUUUGAAUAUGCAGUGUUUCUUCAACUCCUCAGGUUAUUUGUGUUUGAGGCAGGCUGAGAUGAGAGGUGUGAACAGAAGAUUGAACAGUAUGUGAAACCCUUUUAACUUUGAACCCUUUUCACUCCUGGCCAAUAAUCAGUGGACUCCUAAUUUUCACCGAUCAAAGUUACCAUAUCUGUAAUGAGUUUACAUAAAAGUCAACAGUAGAAGCUUGUACGUUAUAGCUGCAGAUAUCUACUUGGAACAAUUUGACAUAUGAGACAUUCAUUUUAGUUUUAUUAAAUCAGAUUGCUCUCAGUAAAAUUGACAAUAUGGAGGAUAUGUUUGCAUGGAGUUCUGCCCAAUUCAAUUUCUACUUGAACUUUUUCCGCUUCUGAUUGAAAGUUAAAAGGGCUGAGCGUACGCACGCACACACAUGAAGCCAUAAUCACUCAUUUUGUAGCUUUUCUGAGGAGUUUGUUGUGAUUAAAGUCUAAUGACAUCACAAAUAGUUUCCUGUUUGAGGAAACGCUGACAUGUUUACCGUGCUUUACGUUUUAAAGGGACGUCGCUCCUCUUUAAAUGCCUGCUUUAUUUGAUGCUUUAUUUAAGGUCAUUAUUUCAUUGGCAGCUUUAAAUCAGUCUUAUAGUUUAAAACACUUUUGAUGUGAUUUUUUUUAAUUUUGUUUGUCAGUAGAUUCGAUGCAGCACAAAAAGUCUAAUCAGGUUUAUUCUUCUGUUGGGUCCCACUUGAGUUGAAACAUCUCACCUCUAUUAUUCUGUGGAUUAUAUUCAUUCACUAGAAAUCAGUUUGAGUCUGCUUUCAGUCAAAGGUACAGCUUAUUGAUAUUUAAUAAUGACACUAAUAAAUACAAGUAUUUCCUAUUUAUCAAACUGUCAGCUUGUGUGAGCAGCGUAACAUUGAUGUCAUUUUUCUGAAACUGUUUAACAUGUGACAUGAACCUGUUUUAUUACUCUUAUUAAAACUACUCACAUUUAGACCCUCGCGCGUUUCAAAUUCAAAUAUAUGAAGGUCAACUAAGAGAUGUAUUUUAACAAUUAAAUAUAUUCACAAAGCAAUCGACUCCUGGUUUUUGAUUUCAAGUUUUUUUAUUCAACCUUUUUUGUUCACAGAAUAUUUUUAAAGGAAAUAAAAAGUGCAAAUAACCGGCAUCAGUUUUAUCAUAGUAACAAACAAGUGACCUCAAUAAACACCGAAAGAAAAUGUCAAUACAAAGACAGAAUUCACACUGAGAACAAACACGCUUUCAGCGUCUUGACGGGAUCAAUAGUUCAUUACAAUCGAUCAGUCACUGACAGUACGAGUGUAGAAAACAUGCAAACAUUUUAGCACAUGAAAGAAUGAGCAAUGCUUAUAAAGUAGUGAAUGUAUAUUAUUUAAAUUUAAACAAAGAAACCCUGAAGGCACCUUUAGAAGCUGCUUGUCAUAAAC